AUGGGGAUAGCAAAGAAAUGGUUCUACGGCCAAGCAGUUCCCCACAUCACCCAUGUUUCUCAGCACACAGGACAGUUCCAACAACCAGGGAGGGGCGUGCUGGUGAGACAAAGAAAUAUGAUGGCGUCACAAAAAGAUGGACAGGAUUGGUGGAAAAUUGAACCCAAAUACUCUGCUAAAGUUCUCAUUGGAAACUGGCUGGAAGAGAGGAAAGAGUUUAUAAAAGACACUGGGAAACUCGGCAGCAGUGUAUACAGAACAGACUUCGUUUGCUUCCCAGAUCACAAACCAGACCAAACACUAAGGAGAACCAUGAUGGAAAAAUUUGAGGGCCUGCCAAUGCAGCACUUCUUCACCCAUCAUGAGGAACCAAGAAGCCGAAAUUUGGUAUCGGAGUAUGACGAUAAAUACAAUAGACAUGGUUACAACCCUGUGCUGCCUCCCCUCCGCAGCUGGAAUGGACGCAAGUUUGCCUGGAUUUCUCAGAAAUCAGAUUUCCCCAUUCUUGAACCACCUACCAACUAUGGCCUUCUUGAGCACCUGAUGAAAAAAUGGCACGAGAAAGAAGAUGGAGUGAUGAACAGUGUCUACACCAUUUCCUAUGAAAGCCCACCGAUUUCUGCUUUUGCUACUUGUCAACUGAGACAACCAGCUAAAACUCAUGAUCUCCCUUUCAACCAGGGAUGUCUUCCCCAAAAUGUUAGUAGAAUCCUGGAUUAUGAAGGGGGUCAGAAAUACCUGCAAGCCAUCAGCCAACUGGUGAGAGACAGAAAAGCAAGGGACACCUCCGUGUAA